UCUUUCUCUCUCUUGAGUUUUGGUAUGACUUCUUCUCAAACUCCCACCUUCUUCUCAUUAGUUCACGGAUAAAAUCAUACCUCUACGUUCGUAAAUUCUGCUGUUCGUUCAUUCUGCUUUUUCUUUUUUUCUUAAAGCAGCUUUUUUUUUUGUACUUUCGUUUUGGUUCUUUCUUCGUUUUCUCGGAGGUUACUCAUUGCUUAAAAGCAACAAUCACGAAGUUGAGCAGAUUGGAGCUGCCGGACCACGUUUAUUUUGCUCUGACUCCUCGAGCGGUUUUUCUUAUCGUGAUUUUCCAGGCUUAUAUCUCUGUCCCUCUCUCUCUCUCUCUCUUCGGCUCCCUCUUUAGUGAUCUCUCUUCUUGUUUCAUUAGGGUUUGUCGCCGGUGGACAUUUCUUCCUUCUCGAUUCCAGGUACUGUCUUCCUUUUCAAUUGCAUUGAUUUUCACGAGGGACUGUGCUUUUUUGAAUCAUUGGCAACUGCAAACUCAUUGAGCGAUGUGGAGCAGCUCACAGUUGCUGGACUGUUGCUUUAUUUUUGUUGUGGCUAUAGAAUCAGAAGAUCAUGAGUAAAAUGGGGACUCUUGGACGCAGUGGAAUUAUAAGAAAACCAAAUGAGAGCAUGAGGCUUAUUAUCACAACAUUUGUUGGAGUUGUGUUUGGAUUCUUGGUAGGAGUAUCCUUUCCAACAAUAUCAUUAACUAAGCUGAACUUCCCAUCCAGCCUACUCCCUUCCAUUGAUCUUAGUUACAUUGAAGACAAAAACUCAGGUCGUCCAUCUGAAACAUUUCUGCCCCGUUCCUGGCCUUCACCAAAGUUUAAUAGAAGCAGCUCGUCUCAAGGUCAAAAUUUAAAUGAGACUUCCAAGAUAUGGGUUCCAACAAAUCCCCGAGGUGCAGAAAGACUGCCCCCAGGAAUUGUUGCUUCUGAGUCAGAUCUCUAUCUCCGAAGGUUGUGGGGAAAGCCUAGUGAGGACCUAACCAUCAGGCAAAAGUAUCUUGUAACUUUCACUGUUGGUUAUGAACAAAAGAAUAAUAUUGAUGCAGCAGUUAAAAAGUUUUCAGAAAACUUUACAAUACUGCUGUUCCACUAUGAUGGCCGGACUAGUGAAUGGGAUGAAUUUGAGUGGUCAAAGAGGGCUAUCCAUGUUAGUGCUCGGAAGCAAACUAAAUGGUGGUAUGCCAAACGGUUUCUACACCCUGAUAUUGUGGCUCCAUAUGACUACAUAUUUAUCUGGGAUGAAGAUCUAGGAGUUGAACAUUUUGAUGCUGAAGAAUAUAUAAAACUGGUGAGGAAGCAUGGUUUGGAGAUUUCACAGCCCGGUUUAGAGCCAAACAAUCGGUUAACAUGGCAGAUGACAAAGAGAAGGGGUGACCAAGAAGUUCACAAACAAACGGAAGAGAAACCAGGCUGGUGUCCGGACCCCCAUUUGCCACCAUGUGCAGCAUUUGUUGAAAUUAUGGCACCUGUGUUUUCUCGUGAUGCUUGGCGAUGUGUGUGGCAUAUGAUUCAGAAUGACUUGGUACAUGGAUGGGGGCUCGACUUUGCUUUGAGGAGAUGUGUAGAGCCUGCUCAUGAGAAAAUAGGCGUUGUAGAUGCUCAGUGGAUUGUUCAUCAGACUGUUCCCUCACUUGGGAACCAGGGGGAAACACAGAAUGGGAAGGCACCAUGGCAAGGGGUGAGAGAAAGAUGUAGAAAAGAGUGGACGAUGUUUCAAGGCCGAGUGGCAAAUGCGGAGAAGGCGUAUUACAAAGAAAUUGGAACUGAUCCACCCAAUUCUACCACUUGGUAGUGGGGUAAGAUGGAUAAUAGGAAGAGAAGCUGAAUGACAGCGACAGGAAACCAUGAGCUGAUCAUGUACAGCUACAAAUACCAUUAUGGAUCCAUUUUGCUUAGGAGCUUACUACAUAGAGUCAAGAAGAUAAAAGAACCUCUACCAUAUUUGUAGAUAGUGGAUUCUAUCAAUAAUCAAUAAUCACUUAUUCUUUUUAAAUUUCACAAUCA